GUUUUUUAUGUAUUCGUUUUUCCGUCUCUCUUUCGUUAUUUAGAGGAGUUUUUACUAAUUUUCUCGCUGUUUUCCAUCUCCAAGAAAUAUUUGGAAUAUUUCGUGAUUCUUGCUGACCAUCGGUGUAAGUAAAAUUUGAGUCUAGCAAAUCAUGUAGCCUCUUGAAGUCGUCAUUCUCAAAGUCCACAAGUUGUUUACAAUCCUGUGAUAAAAGGUUUUGGUGGUUUUAUCUCUGAAAACUUUCACAGAGGAAGUCGGCGUUUUGGAUGCAGCCUCCAUUUAUCCCACCACAUCUGGAGUUCUCUCUGAAUUUGGUCAAUUAGCGCACUAAUCAGUUCCUGAGGCAAUCUUGUGUUUCAGUGUCUUCACUUUCGCAACUCCAGAAACAUGAGUACGGGUGAAGCGCAACCAAUGAAAGAGGACAGUGAGGAGGAAGUGGAUCGUGAUUCGCCUGACACCGAUCAAUCAACCCAGUCAGCCGACUCCAGCGAUGAUGGCUUCGAAUCCGAUGAUAGUUCAGAAAUGGACAAUGAAGAGAAUGAAAAGCGGAGAAUCGAAUGCUUAGAAAAUAUUGCUGAUAUUGAACGACAGUUUACCGGACUGAGAGAACAAUUAUACAGGGAGCGAUUAAAUCAGGUUGAGUACAAAUUGAGUGAAGUUAAAAUGGGCUGUGCCGUCGAGUAUCUAGAGCCAUUGGCAGAACUAGAAGAGAACUGUCGGAUAAAAACAGAAGUUGCUGCUGUAUUGAAACAAUUUAGGAUAAACAAUAUCUGCAAUCAGUUUGAAGCUGAAGAGCUAGCCGCUAAACAAAAUUUAGAUAGUGAAAGAACGCUUCUCUGGGACUCAAUAAAAGAAGAACUGGAAGAGAAAAUAAGGCAUCUAGAGGAGGAUAGGAACAAUGUAGACAUAAGCUCUGACCUAUGGUUAGUAGAACACAGUCUACUACGCGGGAACAAGUCAAAACGUGGUGCGGCUGCAAAACAGAUCUCCAACAAACCGUACGCGGACAUGGUGUCGCGGCGCAAACCUGUGACCGUCACUGGCCCCUACAUUGUUUAUAUGCUGCAUGAUAAUGACAUAAUUGAAGACUGGACCAUCAUCAAGAAAGCUUUAUCGGUCAACAAACGGAAAGAAAGCAAAUAUUACUAGAUAAAUGGUUAAUCAUUAGUUAAGGAAAAGUUAUUCUACAGCGGGAGUAUGUGUCUGUCAAUAAUUUCUCAGGUGGUCCUCUAUAAGUUUUAUCUUCAAAGCUUCUAGGACUGCAACUUGUUGUAGAAACAUUUUUGUCCUCCGUUUGCAGUAGUAUUUUACGCUAAAGUAUUAAAGUCGUCAGUGCAUCGGCUCCAUUUGAAAAAAAAAGUUUUGGUCAAUGCAAUGAACGUAGUCAAGACCUACAGGAUUUUAGAUUCUCUUCAGCUUUAGAAUGUUGAUUAUCUCUGCAAGAAUCUAACAUUUUUAACAGAGUAGAUGUAAGCUUUUUAUCAUCUAAAGUAAGCAUACCAAAGAUAAUGGGCAUGAAUUAGUUCUCUUGAUUCGUGGAAAAAGUAAUUUAAUAUUCUUUAAUGUGUACCUAAAAUCCCAACAUUAAGGAAUUUAUCCUAGCUGUCAUCAUCUUCUCAUGACUUAGCUGACCCUUCCUUUCCGGAGGCAGUUCGGUGCGUAACUUCUUUUUUCUUGUCCUCGUGUUAAGGAGUCCGCAACAAACCCUCCCCAUCAAUACUGAUGAGUGAUUUUUUUAGCAAUGAAUUUAAAUAUAUCUUUUUAAAUUAUGCUCCCAGAAGGUUUUUAAUUAAUCAUAAGAAGAGAAAACCAUUUAAUUAACUUUUUGUUUCGACUCAUUUUCACCGAGGGUAUUUUUUUUACUAGCUCAGUUUUUUAUAUUUUUAUGGAUUAAAUGUAGAGAACGUGAUUUAUUUUCUUAAUUAAGUUUCAAUUAACGAUGUUAAGACUUUUCAGUUGGUAUCAGUGUCUGCUCUCCGGUUUUGUGAGCCAAAAAUAUUGAAAAUAAAAUAGUUAUUAAAAAAGU